GUUCUUCUUGUAAAUGGACUGGCAUAGAUUUACAGUGUUGGCUAGAUAUAGGGUAGGCAUAUAGUCUAUAUAAUGUUUAUAUUAACAUUUUUUUUACAAUACAAUUCCACAACAUAACAUAGCCUACCUGAUUUGACCUGGCCUAUAAUAUAGCAGUAAUGUCACCUGGCUUUUUUUUAAAAAAAGAAGCCUGAUAGCCAAUAGUGUUGCAAUUUUUUGUGAAGAUUUGAGUUUAGCCUAGGCUACACUGUUUACAUUGGGCGUCGUGGCUUACGUAGUGACAGCAAGACUGAGCUAGAGCCUAGAUCACGUUAGCUGGUGAUGUCAAAUCCUCCCUGCAUCUCAUUCAUUCUCUGGGACAGCUAGAGUCAGCGUAGGCGCACCAUUGAGCGCAGCAAACAUGGGUCUGCUGUCCGUCUUGCGGCGGUUUAAGAACACCCCUGAGCAGGAGGUCAGGAUCCUGCUGCUGGGGCUGGACAACUCUGGCAAGACCACCCUGCUCAAACAGCUAGCAUCCGAAGACAUCAGCCAUAUAACCCCCACACAGGGCUUCAACAUCAAGAGCGUGGCGAGUCAGGGCUUCAAGCUGAAUGUGUGGGACAUCGGUGGGCAGAGGAAGAUCCGGCCCUACUGGAGGAACUACUAUGAGAACACUGACCUGCUGAUCUUUGUCAUUGACAGCGCUGAUAGGAAGCGGUUUGAGGAAACAGCUGAGGAGCUGGGGGAGCUGCUGGAUGAGGAUAAGUUGAGUAUGAUCCCCAUGCUGAUCUUUGCCAACAAGCAGGACCUGAUGACGGCCGCCAGCCCAGCGGAGCUCGCCGAGGGCCUCAAGCUGCACAGCAUCCGCGACCGCAUAUGGCAGAUACAGCCAUGCUCCGCCCUCUCUACUGAGGGAGUUCAGGAUGGCAUGGUGUGGCUGUGCAAGAAUAUUCCCACUAGGAGAUGAUGAACUCUGGGGCCAAUGACAUUUGAGUUAUUUGAAUAUACUGAACACUAACCAAACUUCACUGUGUAGCAUUUCAUUACUACUACUACCAUCAGUAGGUGUGAUAUGUGGCUGAUGUCAUGGUCAUAUAAUCCCUCUGGAUUAACGGCGCAACUGGGUGUCAAUAUAAUCCCUAAAUCUGCAUCAUUUUACUAUAUUUUCCAGCCUUUUGCCUUUUGAUGUCGACUUGGUUAAAGUCAGCUUUAUGUUUGGCAUUCAUUUAACAUUCAAAAUGAUAUUAUAUACAUUAUAUUUCUGACAAAAAAUAUUGUAAGUGUGGCUCAUGAAAACAUUCGUCUAUGCGUCAAAGUAUGCUUGACGACAAGGGUUAUUUUUUAGAGAUAUGAUAUUUACAUGUUGAAUAUGAAACUGACUUCACCCAAAUCCACAAUGGCUACGUUUACAUGAGGCAUUUCAUUCAGAAUUAACUCUCUUUAAUUCUGAAUAAAGCGCCAUGUAAACACUUCACACAAUUUAGAAUUAUAUGAAAAAUCAAAGUAAACUCGACGGAACUAUUUAAUUCUGAAUUAUUAAUUCAGAAUUAAAAACGUCAUAUAAACGUAGCCAAUUAGGCACGAGGACACAGGAAAUGAUGCAAGUGAGGGGAAUUGAUUUUCAUCCUUCACCUGGAUAUGGAUGUUAUUAUGUAAAAUGUUUGAUAACAAGACUACUUCAGUGACUGUUAUACAUUUCUACACUACCAUAGUCCAUAAAGCUGGAACUCCACUUAUCAUUCAUUUCAUUUUUGAAGGAUUUUUUUUUUUUGCCAUUUUGUUACAGUAAUGCAUAUCUGUACAUAUUUUAAGAAGGCCAAAUUGGAGACAUUUGUCAUUUUUAUAAUCUAUUUGCAUUACUACUGAGGGCCACAAAUGUCUGUCAGUUUUGAAAUAAAAUUGUAAAAUUCUUUAAGACUA